GUGUAUUGCCCGCAGAGCGUUGCGGGUAGAUGUGGAUGGUGUGUAGAGCGUUGCGGGGAGAGAGUUGGAUAAGGGAGAGUGGCGAGACGCAGGGAAGAGUGUGGUGGGGAGGGAGUGUGAGGCACGUGAGAGAGUGCGAGGUUCACGAGUGAGUGUACACUGAACGAGCUUGAGUGUGAGCAGUGUGUGAGACACAGCGAGUGUGCGACCGGUGGUGAGUGUGUGAUGUGUGUGUGAGAGGGGUGCGAUUGGAGUGGUCAGUGAGUCUCGAGAGAGAGAGAGAGUCUGUGUGAGGAGUUCAGCGAGUGCGUGCAACACUGUGACACGUGCGAGCGAGUGAGCGUGCGUGUGUGUGUGUGAGAGUUCACCUGGCCAGUCAGUGGGAGUGGUUAUGGUUACGCCUACAGCCAGCAAUUCGUCUGUGGUGGUGUGCCAGCGUGCAGGCUUAUAAAUAGUGAGCGUCGAGUGCCUGCCGUGUGUGUGUGUGCGUGCACGCCCGAGUCUUGUGCGUGUAAGUUGUGGCCAGGACACGUGUGUGUGUGUGUGCGUGCGCCCGAGUCUUGUGCGUGUAAGUUGUGGCCAGGACACGUGUGUGUGUGUGUGUGCGUGCGCCCGAGUCUUGUGCGUGUAAGUUGUGGCCAGGACACGUGUGUGUGUGUGUGUGCGUGCGCCCGAGUCUUGUGCGUGUAAGUUGUGGCCAGGACACGUGUGUGUGUGUGUGCGUGCGCCCGAGUCUUGUGCGUGUAAGUUGUGGCCAGGACACGUGUGUGUGUGUGUGCGUGCGCCCGAGUCUUGUGCGUGUAAGUUGUGGCCAGGACACGUGUGUGGCUGAUUGUCGAGUGGGGUGGUGCUGCUGCGAUGUCUCUGCGCGUCGCGAUGUUCGAUCUCGGAGGAGUGCUGGUCAAGCUGCCGCCGCCAAACCUCUUGCACGGCGCCUCCAGCCUGCCGAGGGAGCUCCUGGAAGCUGUGUUCGAUGUCAAGAACGAGAAGGACGUUUCCCUGCACAGACUGGAGCGGGGAGAGCUGACUCUGGAGCAGUUCUACCCGGAGUUCAACGAGGAGUGCCACCGGGAAGCGAAGCUGCGGGGCCUGAGCGUGCCCGAGGGCUUCACGGCCGAGCGGUUCUUCGAGAGAUUCUACGCGGGCAGCCUCAACGAGCCCAUGCUCAGGGCGGCACAGCAGCUGCGUAGCCACGGCUUCAAGACCUGCGUCCUGACGAACAACUGGGUGGACGACAGCGCGGCCCGUGGCGCCACCUCCAAGUUAAUGUCCAUCCUGCGUCGCAGCUUCGACCUGGUGAUCGAGUCGUGUCGCGUGGGCUUGCGCAAGCCGGACGUGGCCAUCUACACGCUGGCCCUGCGGCAGCUGGAGGCAACUCCGCAGCAGGUGGUGUUUCUGGACGACAUUGGCGCCAACCUGAAGCCAGCCAAGGAGAUGGGGAUGACCACCAUCCUGGUGACGGACACAGCGGUGGCGCUGCGCGAGCUGGAAACCGUCACGGGCGUGAAGCUGGGGCCAGACAGCGCCGCCGCCCUCGCUCCCGUGCCGUGCGAACCGGAGGAUGUGUCUCACGGCUUCAUCGACAUCAAGCCCGGCGUGAAGCUGCACUAUGUGGAGAUGGGCGAGGGGCCGGUCGUGUGCCUCUGCCACGGCUUUCCGGAGAGCUGGUACUCGUGGAGAUACCAGAUCCCUUGUCUGGCUGACGCUGGCUACAGGGUCAUAGCCUUCGACAUGAUCGGGUAUGGAGACUCCAGCCAUCCACAAGAUGUCGAGGAAUACUCGCAGGAAAAUAUCUGCAAGGGAAUUAUAAGCUUUUUGAACAAGCUGGGGAUUAUUCAGGCCACGUUCCUGGGCCACGACUGGGGCGGUGCGGUCGUGUGGAACCUCGCGCUGAAAUUCCCCGAGAGGCUCCGGGCAGUGGGCGGCAUCAACACCCCGUUCCUGCCGACCAACCCGAGCGAGAGCCCCGUGGAGAAGAUGGCGAAGAAGCCAGGCGUGUUCGACUACAUGCUCUACUUCCAGAAGCCGGGAGUGGCCGAGGCAGAGUUCGAAAAGAACCUGGAGCGGACGUUCAAACUAUUCUUCAGGUACCCGGAGGAUCGGGACCCUAAAAUAAACACGUCCAACGUCAGGGAGAGAGGGGGGUUUUUGGUCGGCUUGCCGGAAGACCCCGCGAUGAGCUCGCUGCUCAGCGACAAGUCCCUGCAGGUGUACGUGCAGCAGUUCACCAAGUCGGGAUUCAGGGGGCCCUUAAACUGGUACCGCAACAUGCUGGGCAACUGGAAGUGGCUCUCGCCGUCGGCAAAGUGGAAGGUGCGAGUCCCAGGGCUGAUGGUCACGGCAGAAAAGGACUCCGUCUUGUCCCCACUGAUGGCCACGGGCAUGGAGUCUUGGGUGCCGAACUUGACCCGAGCCCACAUCGAAAACUGUGGCCACUGGACUCAGAUGGAGCGCCCUGCUGAGCUCAACAAGAUUCUGGUUGAGUGGCUGGCAAAGGUGCACGAGCCGGGCGCGCAACAGAAGCAAGCCAAGCUCUGAAGUAGCCGUGCCUUGGCUGGGUCAUGUAGCCCCCUUGCAUGCCCAACAACCGCAUGCCCAAGCAGCUUCUGUUUGGCCGGAUAGAGGGGGGGUCUAAAUGGGCACGACACGGGCUGGAGAAGAUAUGGAGCUGAUGCGGUACGGGAGGAUGUAGAGCUGAAUGGACUUGCCGAAGACUGGUACCAAUGGUGUCAAAAUCGGCCUCUGUGGAGGAGGCUCUUGGACGCUACUGGGCAGUUUGAGGCAGUCGCCCUCCAACGACAACGGAGGGUAGAGGAGCGACGCUCACAACAACGAGCAGAACACCGGGCGGCUAAAAUUCAGCAAGUUGGCACAGUAGGGGGCACAGGUGGUGGCAUCUGCCAGUCAUCUCAGUCAGUCAACCCAUGGCACCUGGGUCUAUCCCGUGACCUCCUGUCAGCACCUCACGUGGCCUCAAAGUGCACCUGGCCUGGCACAGGCACCGUGGUGACGUCACCGUCACUUAGUGGCGAAUGGCGGCUAUUGGUAUUGGUAGCUUACACAUUGAACAAGUGAAGCGGGAGUGCCUGUAGUGGUUAAUUGGUGGUGGUUAUACAUCCAAGCAAUCAAUAAACAUUCAAUCAAUAAA